ACACCCAGACUUCAUGUUAACAAGCCACAUACACCAACUUAGCAAGAAAGGACUCAACCAAAAGCCUGGAGUUGAGAAGCAGGCCUCAAGGAUAACUCAGCUUUUGAUACCCAGUAACCACAAUGAAUGCCAACCCACCUGCAGGAAGUGCCCUGGUUGCCAACGCCCCAACGGAGGUUUCAGCCACUCCCAAAAAAGGUCCCCCCAAAUUCAAGCAAAGGCAAACUCGCCAGUUCAAGAGCAAGCCUCCAAAAAAGGGAGUCAAAGGAUUUGGCGAUGACAUUCCUGGUAUGGAGGGUCUAGGAACAGACAUCACUGUAAUCUGUCCCUGGGAGGCGUUCAGCCACUUGGAGCUUCAUGAACUCGCUCAAUUUGGUAUUGUCUAGGAAAUCACAGAACAGAGGUGUGGAGUGUUGUAUUCAUGUUCAUAUCAGCCAUCUCUUUAUCUAUAUUCUCUAUCAUGCAAUCAACUGUCCCAGAACAAACUCAAAGUUGUGAUUCACUAAA